CAACGUCGUGUUCUCUACGGACAUCACGACUCACAGCUCUUGCUCGGCGGACUGCGAAGGAUCAUGACGGACCCUGUUGUCUUGCAGUCGGCGGUGCGAGUGCCUACUCCUCCCCCAGGCACCUCGUACUCCCCUCAGGCCUCCGGAUCCCGGAAACGCUCACCUCCCUCUCGUUCUCCUUCGCCGAAUCGUCGUCGCUCGCCUCCGGGUGACUCGCUGAAAGACGGUGCGAAUGCGCCGCGCAUCGAUCCCGAACGCGCGAUCGAAAGAGAGCGACAGCUCGCGGAGCGCCUUCGCCAGCAUGAGAAGCAGGAGACUUCACGCAAGCCGAUGACCGAGGAGGAAAAGCAGGCCGCGGCUAAAGCAGAAUAUGAGAAGCUUCUGAACAUGCGGUCGGGAGGUACUUACAUCCCUCCUGCGCGACUACGGGCGCUGCAGGCGCAGAUUACGGACAAGACCAGCAAGGAGUACCAGCGUAUGGCAUGGGAGGCCCUCAAAAAGUCGAUCAAUGGUCUCAUCAACAAGGUCAACGUUUCCAACAUCAAGUACAUCGUUCCGGAGCUUUUCGGAGAGAACUUGGUGCGCGGUCGCGGUCUGUUCUGCCGGAGCAUCAUGAAGGCCCAAGCCGCCAGUUUACCCUUCACACCUAUCUACGCUGCAAUGGCAGCUAUCGUUAAUACCAAAUUGCCACAAGUCGGCGAGUUACUUCUCAACCGUCUCAUUGUUCAGUUCCGAAAGGCAUUCAAGCGCAAUGACAAGGCGGUCUGCAUAUCCUCCACGACAUUCAUCGCCCAUUUGUGCAACCAGCAGGUUGCGCAUGAGAUGCUGGCGGCUCAGAUCCUUCUAUUGCUCCUUCACAAGCCCACGGAUGAUAGUGUUGAAAUUGCUGUGGGCCUCACCAGAGAAGUUGGUCAGCAUCUGGAGGAAAUGAGCGGUCCGAUUGCCCUGGCGGUGUUUGACCAAUUCCGGAAUAUCCUUCACGAAGCCGACAUCGAUAAGCGAGUCCAAUACAUGAUCGAGGUGCUGUUCCAGGUCCGCAAGGAUCGGUACAAGGACAAUCCGGCGGUCAAGGAAGAGCUGGAUCUGAUCGAGGAGGAAGACCAAAUAACGCACCAGAUCGGCCUUGAUGAUGAGAUUGAGACACAGGAUUCCCUCAACAUCUUCAAGUACGACGCGGAGUGGGAGCAGCACGAAGAGGCCUACAAGAAGUUGAAGGCGGAGAUUUUAGGAGAGGGCAGCGAUGACGAAGAGGACGAAGACGAGUCGGAUGAGAGUUCUGACGAAGAGUCGGAGGAAGAGCGGAAGAUGGACAUUAAGGACCAGACCAACACAGACCUGGUGAACCUGCGCCGGACGAUCUACCUGACCAUCAUGUCGAGUAUCGAUUUCGAAGAGUGUUGUCACAAGUUGAUGAAGAUCUCGCUGCCUCCUGGCCUCGAGCCUGAGCUUCCCUCGAUGAUCAUCGAGUGUUGCUCUCAGGAGCGCACGUACUCGAAGUUUUACGGCUUGAUCGGAGAGCGAUUUGCAAAGAUCAACCGCCUCUGGUCGGACCUCUUUGAGGCCGCAUUUGCUAAGUACUACGACACGAUCCAUCGCUACGAAACCAACCGACUCCGCAACAUUGCGCGUUUCUUCGGCCAUAUGAUCAGCAACGAUGCCAUUGGAUGGCAUGUCAUGUCGAUCAUCCACAUGAACGAGGAGGAGACCACUUCUAGCAGCCGUAUCUUCAUCAAGAUCCUCUUCCAGGACCUUGGAGAGCACAUGGGCCUGCCAAAGCUGCAGGAGCGCAUGAGAGACGAGAUUCUGCGCCCCAGCUUCGAAGGUCUCUUCCCCCUGGACAACCCUCGCAACACGCGUUUCUCGAUCAACUACUUCACCAGUAUCGGUAUGGGUAUCCUGACGGAGGACAUGCGCGAGCACCUGAAGAACCUCCCCAAGCCCACGAUCCCUGCUCUGCCUCCACGCGACGGCGGCGACGAGUCCGACGCCGAGUCCGUGAUAUCGCACCCCACCAGCUGCUCGACCUGCACUCCUCGCUCUCGUUCCCGCUCCCGCUCUUACUCCUACUCCCGUUCUCCCUCUCCCGGCCGUGGCCGCAGACGCUCCACCAGCCGGGGCCGAUCCUACACCCGGUCCCUGUCCGGAUCCUCGCGCCGCAGCUACAGCUACACUCCUUCGCGGUCUAGGUCUCCCGUCUCCAAGACCCGCCAGCGCUCCGUCUCCUACAGUCGGUCCCGCUCCCCGGUCAACCGCAGAAGGUCAUCCGUGUCUCGAACCCCUCCUCGCCGGACACGGGAUCGCUCCUACGACUCGCGCUCCCCUCGUCGCAGCGUGAGCCCCAGGCGCUCGCUGUCCCGGUCCGUCACCCCUCCUCGCAAGCGCGACACGCACGCCCGACGAGACCGAAGCUACUCCCGAUCUCCAUCCCGAUCAAUCACUCCUCCCCCACGCCGGACCGCACCCGCACGCAGCGGACGCUACUCGGAGUCCCGGUCGCCUCCUCCCCGCCGGCGGGUUGAGCGGAGCGUCUCCGGGUCUCGGUCUCCCAGCCGGUCUCGCUCCCCACGGCGUGCCCCCGCCAGCCGUCGUGCCCGCGACGCUUCCGCCUCCCGCUCUCCCACUCCACCGCGCUCUGGCCGGGGCCGCAAAUACUCCGAGUCCCGCUCACCCUCUCGAUCUCCGCCACCUCGACGGCGCCGAUCUCCAUCCCGGACUCCUCCCCGUCGCGCACGCGACUAACCCUCAAGACUGAAAAUUAGGAUGUCGAAAGUAAUACCAAAUGAGAUGGCACCGGUAGACCGAUAAUAGCAGGAUUUGUCUAAAGCUUGGCAUAAGUUGAAUUGAUUGAUAUUCAUGAGAGUGAUUACUUCAGGGAUUGUUUUUUUCUUAACGGAUUGUAUCGAUCCUACUACUUACUUCUCGCAUUAGUUAUGUCUUAAACAGAACACAUACAGACAGAGAGAGGGAGACCAAAAUAUGAAAGAACCUGUGC